GUUUUCCAGAAACUUGAUCUGAUUCUUCUCCACUUGCUUUGCUUUGCGUUGACGACCGAGAUUGAGCACUGUGUCUUUAAUGUUGUAUUCUAUAACCCCACGAUUCACCAAACAGACGCUCUGCUCUAGAGAUUCCAUUUUUUUGGUAUCUGCACAAACGCUGGAAUUUCUAUGCCAUAGGCGCUUCAUUGCAUGGUCGGUGUACCACUGCAUCAUUCAGGAAAUCCUGUCUCGUGGGGAUACAUUGUGAUUAGUGAUGUCUGAAGGUGAAUCACCUGUCUUCGCUCGGGGUGAAAUUGAGCCGUCCCUUCGCCAAGUUGUCUGUAAUGGGGUUAGCUUGAAAACAACUGAAGUUGAAGCAAAACUUGAUGAGGGAAAUAUUCAAGAGGCCGAAGCUGCAUUGCGGAAUGGCUUGUCUCUCAAUUUUGAGGAAGCAAGAGCUCUUCUUGGGAAGUUGGAAUAUCAGAGAGGAAAUGUGGAGAGUGCUUUAUGGGUGUUUGAUGGCAUCGAUCUUCAAGCAGCCACACAGCGGAUGCAACGCUCCUUGGUUGAUAGAGAGUCUUCCAAAAAGGCUCGCCCUUGCAGUGAGUCAGUAUCUUCUGUCUCACAGCAUGCGACAAACCUUGUGCUCGAGGCCAUAUAUCUAAAGGCUAAGUCUCUUCAGAAGCUGGGAAGAUUAACUGAGGCUGCUCAGGAGUGCAAAAAUGUACUUGAUGCAGUAGAAAAGAUAUUCGUUGAUGGCAUACCAAAUGAUUUGGUAGAACAUAAGCUUCAAGCAACUGUUAGCCAUGCUGUUGAACUUCUUCCAGAGUUGUGGAAGCAAGCUGGAUGCUAUGCAGAUGCGUUGUAUGCAUACCGCCGAGCACUACUGAGUCAAUGGAACCUUGACAAUUAUUGUUGUGCAAGAAUUCAAAAAGCAUUUGUGAUUUUCUUGUUGUAUAGUGGGGUUGAGUUUAGUCCACCCAGUUUAGCUGUUCAAGCUGAAGAUUCAUAUGUACCUACAAGCAGUCUAGAUGAGGCUAUUCUACUUCUGAUGAUUCUAAUGAGAAAGUUUUACCUUGGGAAGAUUAAAUGGGAUCCUUCAGUGCUAGAGCACCUCACUUUUGCACUGUCUCAAUGUGGCCAAACUUCAGUUUUAGUGAAGCAACUUGAAGAGUUCAUGCCUGGGGUGAUAAAUCGCAUUGACCGAUGGAAAUUAAUGGCAUUGUCCUAUUUUGGAGCUAGAGAGAAUAGUAUUGCAUUACAUCUACUGAGAAAAUCCCUCCACUGGCAUGAGGAGCCUAAUGAUAUCAUAUCAUUACUGCUGGCUGCAAAAAUAUGCAGUGACGAUAUGUUUCUUGCUGCAGAGGGAGUGAUGUAUGCACAAAGAGCGAUUGAUAAUUCACAUGGAUCAAAUGCACAUUUUAAAGGUGUUGGAUUCUGUAUGCUGGGCCUUUGCUUAGGAAAGCAAGCUAAAACUUCCCCUUCAGACCUUGAGAGAUCUUGUCUUCAGUUGGAGGCUCUGAAAGCACUGAACAGUGCAUUAGCAUUAGAGCCUGAAAAUUUAGACGUCAUAUUUGAGUUAGGCUUGCAGUAUGCUGAGAACCGAAAUCUGCAUGCUGCUUUUCAACAUGCAAAAAAGUAUUUAAAUGCGACGGGCGGAUGUGCCAUUAAGGCUUGGAGAUUGCUUGCUUUGGUUUUGUCUGCCCAGCAACGGUUUUUGGAGGCCGAUGUGGUUAUCGAUGCUGCUUUAGAUGAAACCUCAGAUUGGAAUCAAGGACUGCUCCUCGAGAUGAAAGUGAAGCUUAAAUUUUUUCAGUCACAAUACAAAGAUGCCAUUGAGACUUGUCGUUACCUUCUUGCUUUGGUACAAGCUCAGAGAAAAUCUAGAGGACAUUUUGGAAGUGAAUCUCAGGUGGAUGAUGAUAACAUAAAUGAAUAUGAAGUAUGGAAUGGAUUAGCAAAAUUGUACUCUAGCCUUUGUCAUUGGAAUGAUGCAGAAAUAUGUUUGGGAAAAGCUAGAGCUUUGAAAAAGUAUUCUGCUGAAACUCUGCUUGUAGAAGGUGCUAUGCAUGAAAGAAAAGGACAUACUAACAAAGCUUUGGCUGCUUAUGCCAAUGCCCUUAUGCUGGACCCAGACUAUGUGCCUUGCGAAAUUCGUUUCAGCGCUGUGUUGGCUAAGAUGGGAAGAAACAUGCUGCCAGUGGCUAGAACUCUCCUGUCGGAGGCCCUGAAGAUGGAGCCCACCAAUCCUAUGGCUUGGUACAAUUUAGGACUGGUUCACAAGGUGGCUGGGCGGAUAGCCGAUGCAGCAGACUGUUUCCAGGCUGCUUCCAUGCUUAAAGAAACUGAACCUGUAGAGGGAUUCAGUACCAUCCAUUGAACAUUU